CUCACUAGGAGGCGCUGCGGCUGCCGCGGCUGCUCCCGGGGCAGUCGCGGGUAGGGCGGUAGGACUGGCACCUGAGGCUCGUGGCCAUGGAGUGGGGUUUGGAGUCGGCGGCCGUGAGGCGACACCGCAUCGGAGGGGAGCGCCGGGACGGCCCAGUAGCCGCCCCGCAACCAGAUAGGGAGGCCCCGGAGCUGGAGCCCUUGGUGGACGCGUGCGGCCGCAACGCGAGGACGCGGAAGCAGAGCGCGGCGGGUAGAGGAGGCGCGAGCGGGGCUGCGUGGACCGGACUGUCUGAGGCGCGCGCAGCGCUGGGGCUAGCGCUCUACUUGCUCGCGCUGCGGACGCUCGUGCAGCUUUCGCUGCAGCAGCUCGUGCUGCGUGGGGCCAGUGGGCACCACGGGGAGUUCGACGCGCGCCGAGCCAGGGAUUAUCUUGAACACAUAACAUCCAUUGGCCCCAGGACUACAGGAAGCCCAGAAAAUGAAAUUCUGACGGUGCGUUAUCUUUUGGAACAGAUUAAACUGAUUGAAGUUCAAAGUAACAGCCUUCACAAGAUUUCGGUAGAUAUACAGCGGCCCACAGGCUCCUUUAGUAUUGACUUUUUGGGAGGUUUUACAAGCUACUAUGACAACAUCACCAACAUUGCAGUAAAGCUGGAACCCAGAGAAGGAGCCCAGCAUGCUGUUCUGGCUAACUGUCAUUUCGACUCAGUGGCAAACUCACCAGGUGCCAGUGAUGAUGCAGUUAGCUGUUCAGUGAUGCUGGAAGUCCUUCGCGUAUUGUCAACAUCUUCAGAAGCCUUACAUCACGCUGUUAUAUUUCUCUUUAAUGGUGCUGAGGAAAAUGUGUUGCAGGCCAGUCAUGGUUUCAUUACUCAGCACCCCUGGGCCAACUUGAUUCGUGCAUUUAUUAACCUGGAGGCAGCAGGUGUGGGAGGGAAGGAACUCGUAUUCCAAACAGGUCCUGAAAACCCUUGGUUGGUCCAAGCUUAUGUUUCAGCAGCUAAACACCCUUUUGCUUCUGUGGUGGCUCAGGAGGUUUUUCAGAGUGGCAUCAUUCCUUCAGAUACUGACUUCCGUAUCUAUAGGGAUUUUGGGAACAUUCCAGGAAUAGACUUAGCUUUUAUUGAGAAUGGAUACAUUUAUCACACCAAGUAUGACACAGCGGACAGAAUUCUAACAGAUUCCAUUCAGAGAGCAGGUGACAACAUUUUAGCAGUUCUUAAAUAUCUAGCUACAUCUGAUAUGUUGGUUUCUUCUUCUAAGUAUCGACAUGGGAACAUGGUCUUCUUUGAUGUGCUCGGCCUAUUUGUCAUUGCCUACCCCUCUCGUGUUGGCUCUAUAAUCAACUCCAUGGUGGUAAUGGCUGCUGUUUUGUACCUGGGCAAAAAAUUGUUGCAGCCCAAACAUAAGACAGCUAACUACAUGAAGGACUUCUUCUGUGGACUUGGCAUCACUCUGAUAAGCUGGUUCACUAGCCUUGUCACAGUUCUCAUUAUAGCAGUGUUCAUCUCUCUGAUUGGACAGUCUCUCUCAUGGUAUAACCACUUCUAUGUCUCCGUUUGUCUUUAUGGAACUGCUGCUACAGCCAAAAUAAUAUUCAUACAUACUCUCGCAAAAAGAUUUUAUUAUGUGAAUGCCAGUGACCAGUAUCUGGGAGAAUUGUUUUUUGACAUCGCACUGUUUGUGCACUGUGGUUCUCUUAUAGCUCUCACUUAUCAAGGACUUUGCUCAGCAUUUAUUAGUGCUGUCUGGGUGGCAUUUCCAUUGCUCACAAAACUUUGUGUGGACAAGGACUUCAAGCAGCAUGGUGCCCGAGGAAAAUUUAUUGCCUUUUAUCUUCUGGGGAUGUUUAUCCCUUACCUUUAUUCAUUGUACCUCAUCUGGGCAGUAUUUGAGAUGUUUACCCCUAUCCUUGGGAGGAGUGGUUCGGAAAUUCCACCUGAUGUUGUGCUGGCUUCCAUUUUGGCUGGUUGUACGAUGAUUCUCUCCUCUUAUUUUAUUAACUUCAUCUACCUUGCCAAAAGCACGAAAAAAACCAUGCUAACUUUAACGUUGGUAUGUACAAUUACAUUCUUCCUUGUGUGCAGUGGAACUUUUUUCCCAUACAGCUCCAAUCCUGCCAGUCCAAAACCAAAGAGAGUGUUUCUUCAGCAUGUGACAAGAACAUUUCAUGACUUGGAUGGAAAAGUAGUUAAACGGGACUCUGGAAUAUGGAUCAAUGGAUUUGAUUACACUGGAAUGUCUCACGUAACACCUCACAUUCCGGAGAUCAAUGACACCAUCCGAGCUCACUGUGAGGAGAACGCACCCCUCUGUGGCUUCCCGUGGUACCUUCCAGUGCACUUUCUGAUCAGGAAAAACUGGUAUCUUCCUGCCUCAGAAGUUUCCCCAAGAGAACCUGUUCAUUUCAGACUUGUAUCCAAAGAACAGACCCACUGGGAUUCUGUAAAGCUGACCUUUGAAGCCUCAGGACCAAGCCAUAUGUCAUUCUAUGUUCGUACUCACAAAGGGUCAACACUUUCUCAGUGGUCUCUUGGCAGUGGCCGUCCAGUCACAAGUAAAGGAGGAGACUACUUCGUAUUUUACUCCCAUGGACUCCAAGCCCCUGCAUGGCAGUUCUGGAUAGAAGUACAGGUCUUGGAAGAACAGCCAGAGGGCAUAGUCACUGUGGCCAUUGCCGCCCACUACCUUUCUGGGGAAAACAAGAGAUCCUCGCAGCUGGACGCUCUGAAAGAGAAGUUCCCAGAUUGGACAUUUCCCUCUGCCUGGGUGUGCACCUACAGUCUCUAUGUGUUUUAACCUUGUGAAAGAAUUCAAAGUAAAUGACCAGUGGGAUACUUCAUGUGACACAUUCUCUCCUUAUGCUACAUGGUAUUUGUAACAUAAGUCAAUGAAUCUGAAUGAGCAUAUGUUCAAAGCGCUUUGUGGACUAACACUGUUCAGGGUUAAGCACUAUGAUGAUUAUGCUGGGGGUAGUGAUAAAUGAUUUUUUUGACACUUGAAAAUGCCAGUUUUCUGGCACUUAAGCACAUGUAGGUACUGCCACUACACUACUGUGUCAUUUUAUACGACCUUAAGGACAAAAGCCAACAAACAACCUGAGCAGUGAGUUGCUCCCUUAGGAUCAUAAAAGACAUUGAAAGUACUGCAGGCCCAUUGUUAAUAAGACAAAUGACAUUUCCAAUUAAAGCCCAAGACCAUUUGUUGUGUGGAUGGUGGGUAAAUUACCAAUCACUGGAGUAAUGAUUCCCUUUGAGACCUAAGGAUAGGUCAUUAGAAAGCUAUUUCAAAAAGGAAUGGGGAGAACCAUUGGGCUCUUGAGGUCCCAGCCUGUGCCGAGUGAGCUUCUUUAGGAGGCUUCUAGAGUGUGCUUCGCAUCUCUGUAGUGAAGCCCAGGACCCCUGAUGUGGAGACCUGUGGCAAGUUCCUGCUCCUAGCCCUUCCGACAGCUGGUCACUGAGAUCCAUCAUGGUGAAGUUGUUUCAGCGCCUGAAGCUUCCCUCUGAAACAUGUUCCCUCUCUUCACCUGGCCAAUUUGAGAUGGCGAGCAUUUGUCCAGCUACAUAUACCCUCUGGGUUUUCACAGGUUCUUUUGGUUCAGUUUGUGCCAGUACAUGACCUUAACUUCCUCAGAGCACUGAGUUGCCAUGGUGGCUAAGCAUUUUAUAAAUAUUUAUUCUUUGUUUUGUAGGAGGGAGUUUUCUGCCAUCCAGUUAAUCCUUGAAAGCCUAAUUUUAUUGAUACACUGAGUCCUUAUUUUUGCCUGUAGCCAGAUGAACAGAUUGGUUUCUCAGUAAUUUACUGUCCAGCACAGCUGACUUUCCUAAAAGUUGAGGUUGUGGCUAGUCCUGGAACAAGAUCCCUGUAGUUGUAGUUAUUGGGGUUCAGACCCUGCAUAAUGGCAGCCUUAGGCCUUAUAGGUGCUUUUCAUUUUUAAGACAGCUGUGUAGCUUGUGAGGCAUAUGCCAGCAGUGCCUCUGACGGAUUCUGAGCUCCAGCAGUGGAAAGGUUUGGGGGGUUUGGUGGUAAAUGUUGCUUCAUUUUUUUUCUGUUAAGAAAUGUAAAAAGUUGCACUAAUUCUGAGUUUAGCAAGCGUAGACCUCCAAAAAACAUUUGAAAGAAACACCAUAAUAAAAAAUUAAAAAAAUUGGCACUUGGAUCCAUUUGAACAGAUAGAGUAAGUGUGCAUCACAGAAGGAAAUUCUUCUUGAAGCUGCUUGUGUGGAUACAAUGUGGUUUUUUAAUCGUAUUGUCUAAUCUAAUUCUCUUAAAGCUGUCUGGGCCUACACGGAGGGCUGCAGCCAGCGCUGAAGGGUAAUAUGCUGGCUGUGACGUGCACAGACACUGAAGCCAUUGCUUUUACUUAUUUUUUAUUUUGUAGAAACCAUAUAUUAUUAGCUUCAAGUGCCUGGCACCUGCCGCAUUAGUCUGUCAGGCGGUAAUAAAGUUGGAAAUGUUUAUAGUAUAGCUUGUAUGGAAUCACAGUUGUGGCGGAGAAGUUAGGAACAGUACUAUCUCAAUGAAUUUCAAAAUAUAGCCAGUCCUCCCUAUCUACAGGUUCCACACACACAGAUGAAAAAUAUUCAGGGGAAAAACAUUACGUUGUUUAUGUGUGCUACGUAGUUAGGCCUACAGUGGUUCCAUCUGUACUGAACGUGUAGACUUUUUUUUCCCCUUGUUCUUAUUCCCUAAAAAAUAUAGUGUAACAACUAUUACACGGUUUGUACAUUUUAUAAUUCAGAUAAUUUAGGGGAGGAUGUAUGUAGGCUAUAUGCAAAUCCUGUGCUAUUUUAUGUAAGGAACUAGAGCAUGUGGAUUUUGAUAUCCACACGCACGCUCUAACUCCUCACCCCAUGGAUCUUAAGGGAUAACUGUAUAAGCAUAUUUUCAUCCCUGUGAGUAAUCUGGACUUGAUUACCAGAAAUUACUCAUAGGGAAAAAAGGGCAAAACUCAAGUUUUGUAGGAGGUCACUGUAUGAAACACAAAAAGUUCCUUGUGAUAUUUCCAGUAAUAAUCAUGGUUUUGCUUUUGCCUUUGAAUUAUAUCCUCACAUGUAAACAAUUCUUUUGUUCUUGGUUUUCGUUAGCAUUGUAAAACUUACAUGUGGUGCAAGAUCUUAAAAAGAUGCUCACUGGUCUCUGGGCACGCUUAAGUGUUCUGGAAUACUGUUUUAGUGUAGAAAUGAUUAAGUAAUUCCAGUAUUCAUGGCUGUGUUGGUAAGCACACCACUGUCAGAUCAGCAGCCUCUGAAAUGAAUUUUUCUGAGUGGUCAUUUGAAUAACUCAUUUCUAAAAGGGUCUUUUCAAAUUCUAAAACACAUCAUUUCCUACAGAAUUUAAAUGUAAGUAGCACAGGGAAAGUGUAAAGAAUUGUGAUUUGGAAGGAAUUGAUUCUUAAAAAUUUACACACUGUUGGACCAAAAAAUGAUUGUUGCAUGAAGUAUCUGUUUCCAGUUUAGCAGAUGUAAAUAAGCAUGAUAGGAUCCCUAAAAUGUUACCGCUGAGGGAAACCACCUGUUCACUCAGGAAGACUGUCCAUUUCUUUUCACUGGUUUGCUGACUUGAUGAUUAAUUGUUGCCUUACAAUGUUACCAAAAUAAACUUUCUUUCUACUAGUUAGUCUCUUUAACAGAAAAA